AUGCUCAAUAACAAAAACAUUUGCGCUGGUGAGCUAAUCGAAGCUGAAGCUCAAAGUUGGGAUUACAUUUUGAGUUAUUUGCGUCCUUUGUGUAUAAAAUGCGCAAUUGAAUUAGGAAUUUCUGAUAUUCUUUACAAAAAUGUCACUCCAAUUAUGUCUCUUUCUGAUCUUAUUGCCGCUUUGCCAAAUUUGAACCCUUCAAAAACUACCUUUAUCCCCAUUUUAAUGCGAGCUUUAGUUGAUUUUGGCGUUUUCAACUAUCACCAACAACAAGGAGACGGCUAUUCACUCACUAAUGUUGGUCGUCUCCUUGUUGAAAAUGACCCCUCUAGUAAGAGGUUAUAUUUCAUUCUCUUCCAACAUCCCGUUCUGCUGAAAAUAGUAGCUUCCAUGAGCGAUUGGUUACGGGACGAUCUCCCCACUGCCUUUGAAACGGCACACGGGAAAUCCGUUUGGGAUUAUUGCUCCGAAGAACCAGAAUUUAGUGGUGUUUUCAACGAUGCAAUGGCUAGUGAUUCGAGAUUGAUCUCCAAUUUGUUGAUUUCUGAUUGUUGUGCUGGUGUUUUUGAGGGCUUGACCUCGUUGGUUGACGUUGGAGGUGGCACUGGCACCGUGGCGAUGGCUAUCGCCGGAGCUUUUCCAAGGUUGAAAUGCAUUGUGCUUGAUCUCCCUCAUGUUAUAGGUGAUCGAAGGGGAACUGAAAAUUUGGAGUUUGUUGCUGGGAAUAUGUUUGAUAAAAUUCCUCAUGCUAAUGCAAUCUUUCUCAAGUGGAUUUUGCAUAGUUGGAGUGAUCACGAUUGUGUGAAGAUACUGAAGAAAUGCAAAGAAUCAAUUCCGAGCAAGGAAAAGGGAGGAAAAGUGAUAAUCAUAGACAUAGUAAUGGAGGAUAAUUGUAGCAAUAAUGAGCAGCUUGUUCAAUCACAACACUUGAUGGACGUAUUAAUGAGGAUUAGUUAUGCUUCCAAAGAGAGAAGUAAGAAGGAAUGGGAAAAACUCUUUCUAGAAGCUGGUUUUAGUGGAUACAAAAUAAUAACCUCUCUUGGUUUAAGGUCUUUAAUUGAAGUUUAUCCUUAA